AUGGAUCUACGAGCCCUCGCCUCGACAGUUUUCGCAACACUGCUUGCUCGUGCGGCAGCGACCGUCGAUCAUGACAAGGUCGAACCUUUUCCCCAACCCGUGCCUGUCACGAUCUCUGAAAAAGCUGCCAUCAAGUUCAAGCCUCAACUUUACACUCCCUACAACAUCUGUGUGCCGUUCCCCGGCGUAAAUGCUGUUGGUGAGGUUACUGGUGGACUCAAGGGAACGAACGGAAACGACGCGUGCAAGUAUGCGCCUAAAGGCUCGCAGAUCUACGGUCGAGGUGGGUGGUACAAGGAUAUCUGGGCAAUCAUGUACGCGUGUUACCUCCCAAAAGGGUUUUGGAUGGAUUUGCCUUCGAGGCGUCAUGACGGGAAGAGCGUUGUAGUGUGGAUUAACAACCCCGGCUUUGAGACACCUAAGAUUGUGGGGGUUUCCAUGUCCAAGUCGGACACGAAGUACUACAAGGAAACUAAAAUAGGGCCUUUCGCUUUUGCAGGCUACCGAAAGGAAGGUCGAAGAUCCGAGCGAGCUUACAUUUACGGCUCUAACACAUCUCUCCGCUUCCAGUAUGAGAGUGGCCUGGGCUCUUCGUAUUUGAGCUUUGCUGAUUGUGAUGGUGAGUACCAGGACUUGAUCAUGUGGGAACAGCUAACAGACGCGGCUCGUGCAGCUUUAAAUGAUGGCAACAAUUUUGGUGAUGCAGAGGUCCCUUUCAGUGAUGAACACUACAAACAGCAUCUCGACAAGGCGUGGCCACUGUAG